AUGAAAAGAGGUUAUAAAGUGACAGACGUGAAUAGAGCGAAAAAAAUAGGGGUGGCUGCUGAAAAUUUGGAAGAACUUAUAGAAAAAUCAUGUAAAAAGUUAGGAUUCAAUGUCAGCUGCGUAAAGUGUCGGCUUUAUGUGGCAGAAGAUGGAACUCAGGUGGAUGACGACGAUUAUCUCAAAACAUUACCUCCACAAACGCUUUUCAUUUUAUUACAAGAAAAAGAAAAAAUGGUAACUGACUUUGACUUCUACUAUUCUAUAAUUCGCUCAAGUAAACAAGAUUACAUUGACACUGGAAAGGCUGCCAAAGAGUUUCUUAAUGUAAACUUUAAAGAAAAAUUUAAAGUAUUCCAAAAAUACAUAGCAGCUGCAAAUGAUGCUAAAACAAUGCUAAGUGAAAGAAGCCAAGAUCCUGGAUGGUUUGAAGGACUUGAACCAUCUGAAAAAAACAAGGAACAAUCCAUGUCGAAACGAGUAAAGGAGCGUAUGAGAGGUUAUUAUUACAAGACCAAAAGCGCGUUACAGUCGUCAGAAGUGUACAUACAUUCAAAAAGCGGACGUGGUAAGAAACUCAUCGAUCAGUUCCUAUUAGACUUACGAAAACUCCUCGAAUCUAAUAAAUAUAAUGAGGGUUACUUUAACAGAAGUGAUAAAAAUGUAAGAAUAUGUAAUGAGCAUGGUCUUUUCCAAUGCGGUGGACUGUGGAAUAGCGAUAAAUGUACCUACGAUGGUGAACACGUAAUAAACCCUUAUAGAAGUCGUGAAGAACGUAUUAUAUUCCAAACAUGGAACUUAGAUCAUAAAAUUGAGCUAUCUCGGUCGGUCGUGCCGACAAUCUUAAAAGCUAUUGAAAAACUUACCUACGGACAUGUGCAAUGUGUAACGUGUAAAAAAAUAUCUAAUCAGGGUUUUAUUGAAUCAGAUAGAUAUUAUUUACAGAUUUUUACACUCGAUAAUUUAAAAUUAGUGCACAUUGUUUGUCAUUACAAAGGGAAGCAUGAUGCUCAGUCAGACGUGUAUAUAGUGUGUCCGAAAUGUGUCGGAGUUCAAAGUAUUGACCAUAUG